CAGCUGUGUAAUGCUUGGCGCUGUGCACAUGCCGAGCGAUCGGGACAGUGGAGGAGAUCGCCGCUGUACCCCGUCCCAGGAUGAAGCAGGGCUGCGGCUGCUCCAGCAGUAGCUCAAAUGAAUGGGUCAGUGGGCAAGAUUCCUCUGCAGACCUCAAACUUGAAACUUUGGACCUAAGUAAGAAGAAAUUGCAGUAUCUUAGUGAAGAUCUUUACAGAAGUGACCCCGGUGUAAAGAGCCUGCAUCUUGAGGGCAAUGUGCUGUGCUCCCUCCCCGACGAUCUCUUCCUUCAUCUGCCGCACCUUGUUUGGCUGGACCUGCGAAACAACGAGAUUACAAGUUUACCGCGUACGAUAGGAAGACACAGGCAACUACAAUAUCUUCUCCUUGAGGGAAAUCCAAUAAAAGUGCUUCCUAUAGAACUCGGAAACUUGUCUACUCUAAAAGCCUUGACUCUAAGACACUGUCCUCUUGAGUUUCCACCAGAAGAUAUUGUUCACAAAGGACUUGCAUCCAUAUUAUCUUUUCUACGCAAUUUCCAAAAGGAGGAUCCUGCAAGUCCUGAACCCGAAUUGCCUCCAAUUGAAAAACUCAAUCUGAAAGAAUUGAAGUCCAGCAUGGAUCUGACAGGUGACUGGUCAAGCAGUGAAGAACUGAAGCACUUUGAGAUGCUGAAACAUAAAAUGGAGGAGAAGCAAAUGGAAGAAAUGCUUCAGAAUGAGCCCCUCGCCUGCCAUAGGAAACCUCAGAAUGCGCGGGACCGAGGAAGAGAAAUCGGGUGGAAAUUUCUCACUGACUCAAGACAUGCCAUGCCUGUAGAAAGAAGAAGGUCGGAAGCUGACAGGCGGGCAGACGAGAAGGAAAGGCUAGCCGUGGUUAUUCAGAAGCAAAGGAAUCAAGAGAUUCUGAAAGACUGGCAAAAACAGACCAAGCUCAUACAAGAUCAGAAAGCAAAAGGCAAGAAAAGGACAGAGAAUCCCCACCAGGUGCCAGUCACUGCGCCUCCAUUUGCCACAGAUCUGGAUACCUCCCAACACAAGAAUAGCCGGGAGAAGCAAAAGAGUCUUGCAGUUGAAAAACAGGAAAUUAUGCCAAGGGUCGCGUCUGCGAGCUCAUUGAAAGAAAGAGCCUCUAGAGACCUGAGACUGGAACACCGCAUCAAACAGCAUAUCCAGACCAUGCAGGAGAGGAAGAAAAAGCCCAAGCGUUCAGUGCAGGAAGAAAUGGAGGCAGCGAGGAAGGAAUUAGAAGUGGCCUCGUUGCUUCAAGCACAACUACUCCAAAGAAAACAAGAACACGAUGCAGCGCGGGAAUAUCGAUUUACUGCUUUCACAGGGGACAUUUCCCCGAGUGCUACACCGAGAGGACAUCACAACAUCUUUGCAACAACACUGUGAUUAACUUUCUGCGCUUGUUUUUAAAACUCCGUUCAGAUUGCACUUUUCUACAAUUCAAUCUGCACAAUAUCCGGUAGACGAGUCACCUGUACUCCCCUUCUUGUGUGGACUGGAUCUUGAAAUACAAGAGUUUUGUAUUUGUCUUUUAAGAAGUAUAUUUUUUAGGGUAUGAAAUUCUAACCCUAUAUUUUAUUUGGUUCCUGUCUGUUCUCCUGAAAUCUUUUCCUCCGUUAUUCAUCCUGUAAAUAAUAACUGGAUGUUACCGUCCCUCUUGUCAAUACAGUGUACCACUGUCAGCACUGAUUGGACAUUUUCAGAAUGUGAAGGGACAUGUCCUGUCAACAAGGGGAACACCCAUAGUCAUAUUCCCAGGAGGAAAAAAUAAUAAUAAAAUGGGCAGUGUUGUC